AUGGGCGGGGUUGACGCCUUGAUCAACCAAGACGAUUCUGAACACAAUGGUUUGGCUGAAACCGUCAACGAACUGGAUACUCUAUGGAAUGACAACCAAAGCGGUACGCUAUCUUCCUUUGCAAACAAGGCUGACUUUGUUGCAUGGGCGUACAUUGCUGCAUUCUACUACACUGUGAGUCCAGAGCACGACCUUCCCUGGGUGCCUCUGAGAACCGGGAGGAACACGUAUACGUCCGGCAGAACGGAAGAUAUCCCUCCCAACUCUGGCUUUGGAAGCGGAGAUCAUGCCGCCGUUACGGAUUACUUUGCUACGAACUUUGGUAUGACGGAACGGCAAUUUGCCAUCCUGUUGGGAGCACACACACUGGGCGGUGCGGACGUGGACAAUAGCGGGUACGUCGGAGAUUGGACUGCGAGUGAGGAUCGGUUCAACACUGCAUUCUACAACGACAUGCAAGAUCCCCCGGGUGACAAUAAUGGCUGGGAGCAAGUCACUUGUCUCUGCUACUGGCAAGAAACAGUGGAGGACUGGAUGCACAAGCAAUGCUGGUACGGCUGA